AUGGUUAAGAAGGUUACCGGUCUUCUGGCUCUGUCAGGCCCGGCGUUGGCCGGUCUCGCCCACCAAAAGCAGCCCACGGUGACUAAGACCACCACAUUCACGACUACCGAGUGCCCCGUUACUUCUUCUGUGGUGACUUCUGGAACGAAGACUCUGACAGUCCCAAUCACUUUGACCAACACGAUUACUGUCACCACCACUUGGUGCGAGGAUGAGACUCAGCCGCCUACUGGCCACCCAACUGCGCCGACUGGCGGAAAGCCUACUCUUCCUACUGUGACUGGCGGUCCUGUUCCCACUGGCAAGCCUAUCCCAACUGGCAAGCCUAUCCCAACUGGCCAGCCUAUCCCAACUGGCAAGCCCAUCCCCACUGGCCAGCCUAUCCCGACUGGUAGCCCUCGCCCGCCUGUCAGCAACGGCACUGUUACUCCUCCUUUCCAGAACAGCACUGCGCCUCCAGUCAUCCCACCUACCCAGCCGCCUGUUGCCCCUGUCCCUAUCCCGAGUCAACCUGGCCAGCCUGGCACCCCGGGUGUCCCCGGCCAACCUGGUACCCCUGGUGUUCCUGGCCAGCCCGGCACUCCUGGUGUCCCCGGCCAGCCCGGUACUCCUGGUGUCCCCGGCCAACCUGGCACUCCCGGUGUCCCCGGCCAGCCCGGUACUCCCGGCGUUCCUGGCCACCCUGGCACUUCCGGUGUUCCUAGCGUUCCCGGACAGUCUGGUGUUCCUAGCGUUCCCGGACAGCCUGGUGUUCCCAGCGUUCCCGGACAGUCUGGUGUUCCUAGCGUUCCCGGACAGCCUGGUGUUCCCAGCGUUCCCGGACAGUCUGGUGUUCCUAGCGUUCCCGGACAGCCUGGUGUUCCCAGCGUUCCCGGACAGUCUGGUGUUCCUAGCGUUCCUGGACAGAGUGGUAUUCCUGGUCAGCCUGGUCAGCCCGGUACUCCUGGCGUUCCCGGCCAGCCUGGUACCCCCGGUGUCCCUGCUAAGCCCAGUACUCCUGCCGCUCCUAGCGCUCCUGGACAGACUGGUGCCCCUGCUCCUUCCGGCGUCUCUCCCCAGCAGCCUGAGGCCCCCACUGGUGUCUCCCCCGAACAGCCUGAACACCCCACUGGCGUCUCCCCAGAGAAUCCAGAGUUCACUGGUGCCGCCGCCAGCGUCCGCCCCGCGGCUGGAUUCCUCGCUGCUCUCAUGGGAGUUAUGGCCCUCCUCUAG